CGGUACGGUGCCGGUGCAGCAUUAGCUGGCCGUGCAGUGUACAGUCUGACAACUGACAGCGUAGUUUGGUUCGCUUAGUACAUGUAAGUUACAUGUAGUUUGGCAAGCCAGAUUCCCGAACUGGAUAAAUUUCCACCGGACAGAUUUAGACGAUGGCGGGAUCCAGGAUGAACAAGCGACUGUUCCUCAUAAUGCUGAUCUUUGUUUUCUUCUGCUGCAUCGGAUGGCUGCGUCUCAUCUUCAUUAUGACCUCCUACGACCUGGCGCCCCGGCUGGUACCUGUGUCACAGCUUGUGGCCUUCUCAACACGGGUAGAGCACAACCAUGAUUGGUACCACAAUGUUUGCUUCAAGGGAAUCGAGCACGAACUCUCAAUAUCGACGCUGGAUGACUUUGUUGAGAAGUGGGCAGUCACUUACACCAACACAGACUGCAGCAACAUGUACAACACGUUCUCCGGUAUUUACGAUGUGAAUCGUCGAUCUGGUCAGCUGAUCAUACCAGAAACCUUCCAGACCAAGCUUCUCAAGUGGCUGGGAAACGACGAAGAACUUCUCAAGGAGGCAAAACUUCAGUUUAUAACGUCCGUUUACAACAAGUACACGCACGAGCAUACCCUUCUGAAUCCGUUCAGAGCCAAGCGACCGAUGGAAGGUGGUGAAGACAUGGAUGAAUACCUGGCAGACCUAGUGAAGAAAACCGAGAAGAACUGCGAUUUCUGCGACUACAAAUAUAAAACAGCAGAGGACACAUUUGGCAGGAUUGAGUCAGAUCUCAGUGCCACGGCAGCCAACACCUUUAAGAUGGACGGCUUCCACACCCUUGUUAUCCUGAAGAACCAUGACCCGAGAAUCUUGAGCGAGGAGCAAUUUCUUGAUGCUAUGCACGUCUCAAUGAAAUGGUUCAUGAAGGUGUAUGACACUGACAAGCAGUAUCGCUACCCACACAUGAUUUGGGACAAUCUACCCAAGGCCAGCUGUAGUCAGGUCCAUCCCCACGCCCAAAUCAUGCUCAGUCCAGUCAGGCACUACGGUGGCAUAGAACAUUUCAGGUUAGCAGCAAUGAAGUACGGCAGGGAAAAUCAAGGACGAAACUAUUUUACGGAUCUUAUGAAGGCCCACAAUGCAUUGGGGCUGACGGUCAGUUUGGGCAACGCCACUGCCCUGGCCUAUCUCACCCCAAGAAAAGAUAACGAUGUCAUGAUACUCAGCAAGACACCGUGUCAAGAUUUCUUCAGGUUAGUGUAUUUUACGCUCAGGGCUUUCAUGGAUCGCAAAAUGUACGCAUGGAGCAUGGCAAUAUUUUUACCCAAAUUGGAACCAUGGAGCACACCAGAUUAUGAUGACAUACCAGCAAUUGCUAGAAUCGUCACACGAGGUGCCCCUUCAAGCACCAGGUCAGACAUCGGGGCCAUGGAACUUUUUUCGAUAAACAAUGUCAAUCUGGAUCCGUUUGUGGUGGUCAAGACUUUGAAGGCUGCGGUUGAUAGCCUGGGCCAUCCACACAGCCCCUUGCAGGACGCCCAGGCCCAGAGACAGGAAAUCCAGCAGCAGAUUCUGGAGCUGCAGCAGAAGCAGAUGGAAAUCGACAAGCAGGUGCUGCAACAGCAACACCAGGCGCCCGCCGGCCAGCAACAGGAGGGGCAACCCCAGCAGGUUCAACCGCUUCAGCCGCAGCUGUUACGGCAGGAGGGUGGGGAGGGGGUGGAGAUUCAGGUCGCCAAUGCCGGGGCGGCACCAGACGACCAAGGGGUCAACGGACAGGAGGAGGGUAACAAAGUCGCAGGCCACUUAUGAGAUUGCCGCGAGAAAACAGUUGCAGCAGCAGGUUUGAAAGAAUCUACUUUUGGUCUUGUGCCACUUGGGUGCUGUGACAAGGUGUCAAGAUAAGAGUACCACGAUGUGGGUGCCAUGACAUGGGCGCCCUGAAAAGAAUGCCAUGACAUGGGUGCCACCAUGAUGUGGGUGCCAUGACUGGGGUACCACUACAUGGGUGCCAAGACUUGGGUGCCCUGAUGUAGGCACCAAGCCUGGGUACCAGAACAUGGGCACCAUGACUCUAGUGCCAAGACAUAGUUGGCAAGACUUGGGUGCUCUGACCGCGGUGCCAUGGCUUGGGUACCAUGACUUGCAUGCCAUGAUGUGGGUACCAUGACAUGGGUGCUUUGUGAUGGGUAUCAUGUGUGAUGGGUACCAUGCCAUGGGUGCUGUGUGUGCCAUGAUAUGACUGGGUGAUUGUAAACAAAAUUUCAGCAAGCAGGACUCGCAUGAAUUGUCACCAACAAAGGUGUUCAAUGCUUUGAACAUGUUCAAAGGAAAACAAAGAAAUAGAAAAAGAUUCUGCAUCUUUAACCGGUAAAUCUUAAUUUUCAGUUAAUUUGUGUGGAUCAGGAUGUCGGAAAAUUUCGUGUUGUUUUAUUUCCAGUUGAUGGCCCGUAAUUGAGAGUGUACUGACUACUCCAAUUAGAUGCCAUAACUGUGGUGGCAAUGCACAUUCUUCAGCUUGACACGUGCGUGCAUUUGGCAAAUCACAACACUCUAUUGGAUGAAAAGGCAUGUAACGUGCGUGUACCACCCGUCAGGCAUUGCGCCACUGCAGUUUUGAAUUGUUUCUGAUUCUGGCUGCCGAAUGACACUAUAGUGUUACAAUUAUUAUAUUCUUCAGUGGACACUUUUGUCAAGCCUACUCUAGGCUUGAGGUCCCCAGCCCAUAAAUUAUAUGAGGAUUCAGGACUGUUCUGUUAUCAGUGAAAUAUAAUAGAGUAUUGUGGAA